UCGCUUCAAAUCGGUCCCCAAUCAAUUUCUGGAUGUGCAAGGCUCUGUAGCAAGGCUCUGUAUGUUACAUGCAUAGAACUAUAUAUAUGUACGUGAGAAACCUACACGACACGACGCGUUAUUUCGUGUCACGACACCGAGCUCGUCGCGUGUGGGCCGAUCGAAGGCGGCUUGGCAAAUAGUUUUGGGCUGGGAAUCGUUUGUUGCUUAUUCCGUAGCAUUUGGAGAGCUUGUGGAAAAGACUGUGGAUGAAACCGUGAAGCCACAGCAUGAUGCUCGCAUAGCCAGUAUUCCAAAACACAACAACUUUCGGCCAAGAACAACCAUCAAAAUUUAAUUGUCAAAAAUUUAUGAAUAAAGAGAAAAAAAGAGUCCGUCACAAGUGCAGCAGAGCGUGGAGAGCGGGCGUGUGGAAUGCGAGAGAUUGUGACGCUGCAGAUCGGCGGCGCCGGCAAUGCCAUUGGCGAUGCGUUCUGGCAUGUGAUCUCGCACGAGCACGGCGUGGACUACGCAUCCGGGCAUUUUGGCGGCACCAGCCCACUGCAAUUGGAACGCAUCAAUGUGUUCUUCAAUGCAACGGCCAGCAAGAGAUUCUAUGCACGGACCAUCAUCAUCGACACGGAGGCGAGCACCAUACAGCGCCUGAAUGCCAGCAGCCAGCUGUACAGGCCGGAAAACUUUGUCGCCGGCUCGGAGAGUGCCGGCAAUAAUUUUGCGCGCGGCUAUCAUACCGACGGUGCCGAAAUACUCGACCAGGUGCUGGACAAUACGCGACGCGAGGUCGAAUCCGUGGACUCGCUGCAGGGCUUUCAGCUGCUCCAUUCGAUUGGCGGCGGCACCGGCUCCGGCCUGACAUCCCUGAUCAUGGAGGCGCUGGUCGAACAGUAUCCGGACAAUCUGCUGUGCAACUAUGUGACCAUACCGUCACCGAACAUGUCCCAGGUGGUGGUAGAGCCAUACAAUGCGCUGCUCAGCAUUCCGGCGCUGGUGAACAACUCGCAUUUGACCUUUUGCCUGGACAACGAGGCGCUCUUUCAGAUCUGCAAUCGCAAUUUGAAAAUACAAAUGUCCGGCUAUGAGCAUAUCAAUCAUAUUGUGGCCUUGACCAUGUCCGGCAUAACCACCUGUCUGCGCUUUCCCGGCCAGCUGAAUGCGGGCCUGCGCAAGAUCUAUGUGAACAUGGUGCCAUUUCCACGGCUGCACUUUCUCAUACCGGGCUUUGCGCCGCUGGUCACCUGCAAGCAGCAACAGUUUAGCAAGGGCACCGUCUCCGAGCUGGUGCAGCAGAUCUUCUCCAGCAACAAUCUGUUGUGCGCGAUCGAUUUGCGCAAGGGCAAGCUGCUAACGGCCGCCGGCAUCUUUCGCGGCAGAAUGUCGCCGCGCGAGGUCGACCAACUGAUGACGGGGGUACGCAACAAGAAUCUGCACAACUUUGUCGAUUGGAUACCGAACAACAUCAAGACGGCCAUCUGUGAUAUACCGCCGCGUGGCCUCAAGAUGUCUGCCACGUUCAUUGGCAACACGACGGCAAUUCAGACUCUGUUCCAGCGUCUGCUGGACGGCUCCUGCAUUAUGCUGCGCCGCAAGGCUCAUCUGCAUUGGUACACCGGCGAGGGCAUGGAGGAACGCGAAUUCACCGAUGCCCAGGAGGAGCUGCAGAACAUUAUCGAUGAUUACCGUGGCAGUGGCGAUGGCGGCGAUGGCGCUGCCGCUGGAGGCGGCACUGCUGCUGGAGGCAGCGGUGGCAACGAUGGGGAUAGCGGCGAUGAGGCGGCGGCUGGGCCACAAUGUACUUAUUGCGCGGACUGAGGCAACCAAUUGGCCAUCAUUAUUGUUGUCGUGCCUGGCAUCUAGUUACGGGCGGAGGCAGCAGCAUUCCGUUGCGGUGCGUAGAUCAAAUGCCGGAUCUGGUAAACUUGGCAAUUGCCGUUGCGACAUUUGGCGGCAUGAUGCAGUGCAUCCUAUUUAUAGCUGGCCAAAGUUCGUUGCGUUUAGAGUUCAGCGCACCAACGUGUGUGUGUGUGUGUGUGUGUGUGCGCGCAUCUCUAUCCGUUCAUCCACAUGCCGGCUUUUGGGCAAAGGUGCUGCAAAUUGCGCGGCUCUAUUAAUAAAAUUGCAUAAAUCUAUGAGGCAAUGCG